AUGGCUUCACGGCCGGCGCCUAGCUACAGCAACCCUGACCCGCAGGCAGUGGCCAUCGCCUAUCCUUAUGCGCUCCUGGCGGCGAAACGCAAGGCCUCGACACAGAGGAAUUUCAUGAAUUUCUCAGGCAUCGCGGAUCGGGGAUUAUCACCGUACCACCGCAUCGCUGGAAUGCCGAUGCAUAUCAUGGCACGGCACCCGGAAAAUCCUGCCAAAGGUGGCUUCAUACCUGAAUUUGAGUAUGCAGAUAUCCAGGAGUUCGGGAUCACUCAAGCGGAGGGUGGACAAGCUCUAAUCACUCAACUAGUUGUCCUGCAUCAGGCAUUCAAUGCCUUAUAUCGCAGUGGAAUCGACUAUCGGGCCACAAACACUGGGGUUUUUGUUGGGUGUCCGGGUGGAUUCAUUCCGUACGAUGUAGACAUAACUCAAGCAGGAGCGUACUUUAUGACGGGAACCUCUCUUUCCAUCACGGCCAAUCGUGUCAACUACGUUUUCGAUUUGCUUGGUCCUUCAACCAUAGUGGAUACAGCCUGUUCGUCCAGUCUCACCGCGAUGCAUCUUGCGGUCCAGGCAAUCAGGAAUGGGGACUGUGACCAGGCUAUUGUUGCCGGUGUCAACCUCAUUGCAUCACCGGCAGACACUGUUGCAUUUAGUCAGCUUGGUGUACUCAGUCCAGAUGGUAUAUCCAAGUCAUUCGACAACGACGCCGACGGCUAUGCUCGCGCAGAUUCGGCCGGGGCUGUUGUAAUCAAACGACACGAUCUUGCCGUCCGGGAUAACGAUACCAUUCAUGCGACCCUUGUCGGCACUGCGAUGACCUCUUGCGGGUCUCUCAUGGGCUCCCUCACAACCCCUAACCCUGAGGCUCAGGCUCAAGCAAUUCGUCUGGCAUAUGAAGAUGCCGGGCUUCGGCCACAUCAGGCUGACUUUGUCGAAUUGCGCGGGACAGGGACGGUCGUUGGGGAUUCCAUCGAGGCUAAUCUUGCGGGAAAAGUGUUCUCCACUGGUCGCGACGGGAAGGAAAUUAUAAUCGGAUCUGUUAAGAGCAAUGUUGGACACGGAGAAAUCAGUGCCUACAUGACUUCACUAACAAAGAUCGUACUGAUGCUAAGACACAAAGAGAUUUUACCGAACGGCUAUUUCAAAAAGGGAUCGGAAACGAUUGAUUUUGAGAAGUAUAAUUUACGUGUGCCUACUACUACCGCAGAAUUUGUCGCUCAAGAUCCCGAACAAGGUCUCAUUGCGUCCAUCUCGAGUUUUGGUUUCGGAGGAUCAUGUGGGCACACUGUUCUGCGCGAACACGAAUCGCGCCCCAUUCACUCCAGUCAUCCAUCUGGUUCUGCAAAUGGCCCAUUCCUUUUCACUAUGGGCGCCCUCACAUUCAAGUCUUGCAAUACGCUGAUGCAGGAAUAUAAGUCUCGCUAUCUCACGGGAGAUUGUCCUUCCCUCUGCGAACAUCUCGGCCGUCGCGCUCGCCAGAUGCCGUAUCGCACUUACGCAGUUGCCCAUAGUUUGGAGACAGCAACCUUUCCAGAGCCUGCCGUUGUUGGAAAGCGGGCUAAUCCUCUGGUUUACUGCUUUUCCGGACAAGGUCCACAGCACUGGCGCCAAGGGCGGGAUUUAAUGGCUGCCUACCCUGCCUUUCGCGAUAGUAUUCUCGCAUGUGACAAGGUUUAUAGCGCAUACGUCGGGGAAUCAUUCAUAUCCAAGACAGGAUUGUUUAUGCAAGAUCAUACGCAGAAAAAUCCGCUCGAAAAGAGUCCCAUUUGGCCCGCGGAGGUCAUUUCGGUGUCGAUCGCGUUCUUCCAAAUUGCCAUGUUUGACUUGCUUAUCGCUCUUGGGAUUCGACCUACCGCCCUUGUUGGACAUUCAUUGGGAGAGACUGCUGUCUUAUACGCAUCUGGCGCGGCGUCUCGUGAAAUGACCGUCAAGGUUGCAGUUGCGCGCGGUCGCGCCCUGGGAGUAGUUGACAAUACGGGAGGAUCCAUGGUUGCAAUGUCUGGAUGCGACGCCAAUACUGUUAACGAUUACGUGGAUGCUGCGUUAUCUCUGGCUGGAAGAGAGAGUCAAGCGACAAGGCAGCUACACUUGGCUAGUUAUAACAGCCCAACUGACAUUGGUGUAUCAGGUCCAGAGGAGGUCUUGGACGUAUUGUCGAUGUAUAUCGAUAAAUGGGUAGAUGGGGUCGUCGCCCGGAAACUUCGCGUCAGUACGGCUGUGCAUUCACCGUUCGUCGAUCCUUGCGAAGAUACAUAUCGCAGGGAGCUAGCUGCGAUCUUCUCUGCUCACCCUGGCGAUCACUCUCCCGUAAUCCCCACCAUGUCCACCGUGACUGGCGAGUUCGUGUCUGAGCCCUAUACGAUUGAUUAUUUAUGGAAAAAUCUUCGCCUGCCCGUGUUGUUCUCCACAGCCAUCCCCAAGAUGAAAGACUGUUAUGGCGAUCUGGUCACUUUCGUUGAAUUAUCUCCUCAUCCGGUUUUGUCUCAGUAUAUUAAAGCAAUGGGCGCCCAUGACUCUAUGGGCACUGGGUCUCGACCACCUUCCUUGCGUCAUACAAAAGUCAGUACAGGUGCGAAGACGGAGCUGCAUACGCUACUGGAUACAAUCGGACGUCUUCUGCUCUGCGGUAUUAAUUCGAUUGAUUUCUCCAUGCUAAACGCAUAUCCCUCAGAGUCACUUCCAGUUGUCGAAUAUCCAUUCAACAAAAAGCGUUGGCUGUGUGCAAAUGCUGUGGUCAAGCCCGCGUCCUAUCAGAGAUGGCUUCUCCCCCCAACGAGGGCGUUAAAUUCCUCCAGGCUAAGAGUUGGCCCCAACAAUCCAGAAUCUUGGAUGUCGCAACACGUCAUCGACCGCUCCAACUUGAUACCAGCGUCUGCAUAUAUCGAAAUGGCUUUAGAAUUCCCGGACGUGACCGAAGUCUGGGACUGCAAGUUUGAGUCUGCUUGCAUUCUUGAUGAAUACGGGCCUCCAAUUACGCUAGAGGUCUCAAAUGAGGGGGUGGAAUGGUUUGUAAAGUCCUCGUCGGCGCUUCAAACCAUGAAGGGAGACUUAGAAUGGACAAGGAGAGGCGUACCUUUGUUCGAUACUGUUCACUCGCGCGGGAAACUGGGUUACGGCCCACCAAAACUCAGUCCAAACGGUGUUACAUCGGUAAAUGUUGACGCAGUGAUCGAACGCUGUUUCCAGUCGAGCACGAAAGAAGAAAUUUAUGCGCAUUUACGAAACUAUGCCCAAUUUGGCCCUGAGUUUAUGCGAAUCAACCGGUUCAGUAUGAAUGAGACAGAGGGUAUCGCCUGGAUCCGGGGCCACGUCGAUGGCCUGAACGCGACGGAUUAUAAUUUUCAUCCCGCUUUACUAGAUGGUGUCUUUCAGCCAUGGGCCUUGCCACACGCACAUCUGUGUGGGUCUAGGGAACUUGAUGGCCUCGCGGUAGAGUCAGAAGCUACUCAAGUUUUGGCGUCUCUCGAUGAUCUCGCCGUCUCAUAUACCAUCGCGGCGCUGGCAUGCCUCCCGCAAGACUUCUCUCCGGAAAAUCUUGAUGACAAGCGUCGCCUAGCUAGGUCGAAGAAUCUCAUUGCCAAAUUUGGCGCUGGUUUUAUCCAUUCACCUUGUGGCCAGGUGUCUCCACAGUCUCAGUUCCAAGGUGUAUUGGAGUUGACACACCAACUCGGCAAAAUUUACGAAGGCAAGAAAUCAUGA